AUGAAAUAACUCGCAACUUGUCGCAUUCAGAAUGGGCUUCAAGCAAGAAAAUUACUACAACUCAGAGGAAAGGAUUUGGUAUGGCAAGCCUGAACGUACAUAUUUCUCAAAGGACCAAUCUAUCGGCGAAAUUAUUUUUCGCGAAAUGAAACGUCAUCCCAAACUUAUAGCUCAAAUUUCAGAUACCGAAAAUACAAUUUUAACGCGUCAGGAACUUUUGUUGAACUCAAUGCGAGUGGGCAGUUUUAUGAGGAAAAUGGGUAUGGUUCAGACGGAUAUUGUGGGAAUAAUAGCGAGAAAUACAACGCAUAUAUUUGCCGUAGCUUACGGUUGCUUCUUCAAUGGAAUUGCCUUUCAUUCGCUUAACAUUAACUACGAUGAGUCGACGAUUAAGAAACUCUAUGAUAUUACGAAACCACGUGUGAUAUUCUGCGAUGGCGAUGAUUAUGAGAAAGUUAAAGCAGCUACGGUACAUCAAAAUGUGAUAAUUGUAACAAUGAGAAAUCAUCACAAAGACUCUAUAAGCAUCGACGAAGUGCUGGCCACAACUAUCGAAGAUGAAUUCAAGCCAGCUCGCUUGGAACAAGGCAUUAAUCAGACCCUAGCCAUACUCUGUUCUUCAGGUACGACGGGAACACCAAAAGCAGUGACAAUUAACAAUAGUCACAAGAUUUUCAGCUACUGCCCUUUGACCAUUGAUGAUGUUCAGUACACCCCCAGUAGCCUGGACUGGGUCACUGGACUCUUGACAACUGUCACCUCAGGAGUUUACAGCACAUUGAGAGUUAUUACCGAUAAUCUGUUUGAUCCUGCACGUAUGUUGCGUAUGAUUGAAAAAUAUAAGAUCACCUGGUUACUUCAGCCGCCCCCUCAUUUGGCAAUGAUAGCCAAUUGUAAGGAAUUUGAUGAUGCCAAUUUGCAGAGUAUCCGAUGCUAUAUGUACGGAGGUAGUCGGACUUCCAUUGAAGCACAAAAUUCUAUUAGAAGUCGCUUACAAACCGACUGCAUGACAAUGGUAUAUGGUAUGACGGAAGUGGGAAUUAUGGCUGCCAUAAAUCAGAAUUUCGAUAAGAAACCCAACUCGGCAGGUCGCGUAGUAGAUGGCAUGAAGAUAAAGAUUCUCAAUGAACAGAACGAGACACUUGGUCCGAAUGAAGUGGGAGAGAUUUGUGUAAACAAUGGUCAACAUUGGUCAGGAUAUUAUGGCAAUCCAGAGGAGUCAAUAAAAAUUAAAGAUUCUGAGGGAUGGUUUCACAGUGGCGAUUUAGGCUAUAUGGACGACGAUGGUUACCUUUAUAUUAUUGAACGCAAGAAGGAUAUGCUCAAGUACCACAACAUUAUGUAUUACCCCACCGAGAUCGAACAAAUUAUUUCCCAAAUGCCCGAUGUGGCCGAAGUUUGUGUCUUUGGUAUCUGGAAUCAAUUCAACGGGGAUGAGGCGGCAGCUGCUGUGGUAAAGAAACCUGGCUCACAAAUACAGGCUCAGGAUGUGGUGGACUUUGUGCAAAGUCACACCGAUGUGAUAUAUAAGCAAUUAAAUGGCGGCGCUAUCAUUAUGGAUGAGUUGGUGCACAGUGCCAAUGGUAAAACAAAUCGUGUAGGCACAAAGGCCUAUUUUCUCGAUAUUAAAGAUAGAAACUAAGAAGAUAAGAAGCCGAUUUUGAUGACAGUUGACACUGAUUAUUUAGUUAAUUUCUUUCUUUUUUUGUUGUGGCUUUUUCUUAUAUGUACUAUAUUGAAA